CUGCAAAAACAAAUUUGCGGGACGUAAGUGCAAAAAGUGUGAAUUGUUUACUACAAUCAUGAAGAGUAUUUUGAGGUUUCUUGUUGUAGUUAUUAUAUUGUGUGCAUUAGUAUUUUGUUUUUAUGCACGGAAUCUUAUGCAGAAAAUCAAAUUUAAGCUUGAUAAUAAUCAUAAUAAUAAUAGGAAAGCAGUUAGCGAUAUGGAGACUAUUUCAAAUCCAGAUUUUUAUUUUGCUGCGAAAAGCAAAGGCUCCAAUGUAUUAAAAUUAACAAGUAAUUUUAAACAACAGGAGCCCCAGAUUGUGCUGGCGGCGGUUGCCUGCGGCGACCGGCUGGCCGAAACCCUCACCAUGAUCAAGUCUGCCAUCGUGUUCUCUCGCAGUCUCCUCAAGUUUUUCAUCUUUGCAGACGAUCCUCUCAUUCCGAGCUUCAAAGAAAAACUGAACGAGUGGCGGGGGGUGGCCAACUACUCGUUUGCGUUCGAGGUGCGACCCAUCACGUUCCCACUGCAGGGGGACACCGGGGAGUGGCGGCGGCUCUUCAAGCCCUGUGCGUCCCAGAGACUGUUCUUGCCCACGCUGCUGCCCCAGGAGGAUGCGCUGCUGUACGUCGACACAGACACGCUGUUCCUGGGGCCCCUCCGGGACGUGUGGGACCAUUUCCGGCUGAUGAACGCCUCCCAGAUGGCAGCGCUCAGCCCGGAGCACGAGGAGCCCAACGCCGGCUGGUACAACCGCUUCGCUCGCCACCCGUACUACGGCAAGCUGGGUGUGAACUCGGGAGUAAUGCUCAUGAACCUGACAAGGAUGCGGGCCUUCAGUUGGACGGACUACGUAGUGCCUGUCUACAAGGAAUACAAGCUGAGGAUCACAUGGGGUGACCAGGAUAUCAUCAACAUAAUUUUCCAUUUCCAUCCAGGGGAGCUGUACGUGUACUCGUGCCGCUACAACUACCGCCCAGACCACUGCAUGUACAUGAGCGUGUGCCGCAGCGCGGAGCAGCAGGGUGUCGCGGUCCUGCACGGCUCUCGGGGCAGCUUCCACGCCGAGAAGCAGCCAGCCUUCCGUGCGGUGUACCGCGCCUUCGAGGAGUACCAGCUGGGCUCAGACCAAUACGCCAACCUGUACCUGCCCAUGAAGAACUACCUGGAGUCGACGGCAGCCACGAACUGCGGCAAGCUGCAACCCGUCUUCACCCGCAACAUGCAGCGCUUUCUGCAGUCUGCCAACGCCAGGUAGCGCUACCCUCUGCCGGAGCCUCCCGAGCUUCGCCGGCACUCUCCACCAGACGCGUGGUAGCGUCCAAGUCGAGUGGCGUGGCCAAGAAGACAGUCCAGGUACUGCAGCCUAGAGUGGAAACAUAAAAUGUGCUUCGAGGAACAAAGUAUGCAAACACCGUUUUUGAACUAUGGAUCUUCUAUGGAGCCUUCUGACGGUUUGCUUACAUCAUAAAAUGUUCCUCUUGCAAAUGAUGAAAAGGAAGUUUGAGAAUGAAUGUCUCGAAUUAUUUUAGUCAGUGAUCCACAACUGACUAUUCAACAACUCGCUGCCAUUGCUGUUCAUAAAUAAACUAUUAGAGUGCUAGGUUUUUUUUACUUUUUUAUUUUUGAAUUUUGUUGUAUCAUGUAAAGCUCGUUCAUGUAAGGCGAUCACUCCUAUGUGCGUCGUUCUUGUUUCCUUUUGUGGGAUCGGUCCAAUCGUGUCACCUUGCACGUAUAUCUCCAGUAUUAUUCCAAUACACUCUUGCCGGAUGCACUUGGGCCCUGCAGCAGUCCCUGCAUUGUUCCUACAUCAGGAUGCCCACAUUCUGGGAAAAUGGAAUUAAUUAGAGAAAGCUGGGGAAUUUACUUUAAAUCCUGGAAGAUGGUUUAUGCAAAGUUAUUUUUGAAAUUUAAUUUUUGUUGUUUAGCUCUAGUUUAAAAUUAGGUAUGAUAAUUGUAAUCAUGUGUGAGUCUACAGGAUAGUGGUGGCUUAUAUUAUAAACUUAUUUCAGAAAUUUUCAAAAUAAAGUUAUUUAAAAAAUUCAGAGUAGGCUGUAUUUUGGAUUGCAGCUGCCAGUGGUUUGUUUCAUGAAUUUCCAUUGCACUGAACGGGAAUGUUGUAUAUAAAAUAAAUAAAAUAAUUUAACAAAA